UCGGCGAUGCCAAAAUCCAAACGCGCCUCCUCCUCGUGCCUCGCUCCUCAAUCUCCCACGGGCCGCGAUCGAUCUCGACCCCUCCUCAUCCGCACCCGCCUCGCUUUGCGUCCUGCUGGCACGGCCGCCGCCUAUAAAGGAGCGGGGCGGAGGCGGGCGCCCGCCAUUCCCCUCUCCCUAUCUUCCCCUCUCCCCCUUCGCCGUCUUCCUCAAAUUCUCUCCGCAUUUCCUCCGCUCGUGGAAGGUGCUGCUGCUGCUGCCGUCGCCGCGCGCGGCGCCUGCAUGGUGAUGGAGGGGAACGCGGGCACACUCUACGGCCGCCUCAACAGGGCCAGCACGCGGGGGUUCCUCGCCUACGUCGCCGCGGGGGCCGCCUGCGCGGCCGUCCUCGCCUGCUUCGUCCUCUCCGCCGCGGACCCGCGCGCCGCCGCCGGGCGCAACGAUGGGCUGCUACGCCUGGCCUCCCGCUCCGCGCGCGUCUGGCCCGACCUCGCGUUCAACUGGCGGGUGGUGGUGGCCACCGUUAUUGGGUUCCUCGGCUCCGCGUUCGGCACCGUAGGCGGCGUCGGCGGUGGAGGGAUCUUCGUGCCCAUGCUCAACCUCGUCGUUGGCUUCGACACCAAGUCCGCCGCCGCGCUCUCCAAAUGCAUGAUCAUGGGGGCUUCGGCGUCGUCCGUGUGGUACAACCUCCAGGUGUCGCACCCGACCAAGGAGGCGCCCGUCAUCGACUACAAGCUGGCGCUGCUCUUCCAGCCCAUGCUCAUGGUCGGCAUCACCAUCGGCGUCGAGCUCAGCGUCGUCUUCCCCUACUGGCUCAUCACCGUCCUCAUCAUAAUCCUCUUCGUAGGCACUUCGUCCAGGUCGUUCUACAAGGGAAUUAUCAUGUGGAGGGAGGAGACCAUGAUUCUGAUGGAGACACGUGAGAGAGAAGAGCAAUCAAAGGCUGCCUGUGCCGCAAAUGAUGUGGUCAUUGACCCUAGCUAUGAGCCCCUCUUGACUCAGCCUCAGCCCAAGGUGAAGUCUGCAUUGGAGACUUUUCUGUUCAAUUUGAGGUGGAAGAAUAUCCUAGUUCUAAUGUCUGUCUGGUCAUUUUUCUUGGUGCUGCAAGUUCUCAAGAAUAAUUCAAAAUCAUGCAGCACUUUCUACUGGGUGAUCAACAUUCUACAGGUUCCGGUUGCGGUGAGUGUGUUCCUGUGGGAGGCUGUGAAGCUAUGCAGGGAAAGCCGUGCUCGCCGUAUGAACGGAAACUCAGAGUGUGUGUGUGAGGCCUCUAUUGAGUGGUCACCAGCACAACUGAUGUUCUGCGCCUUCUGUGGUCUCCUUGGCGGGACUGUUGGUGGUCUUCUUGGAUCUGGUGGUGGGUUCAUCCUUGGCCCACUUCUUCUUGAGCUCGGUUGCAUACCUCAGGUUGCAAGUGCAACAGCAACAUUUGUGAUGAUGUUCUCCUCCUCCCUCUCUGUGGUGGAGUUCUAUUUCCUGCACAGAUUCCCCAUCCCUUUUGCUGCCUAUCUCAUCUUCGUUUCCAUACUGGCUGGAUUUUGGGGUCAGUGCUUGGUUAGGAAGAUUGUGCACGUGCUCAAGAGGGCAUCGCUGAUUGUCUUCAUCCUCUCCUCUGUCAUCUUCGCCAGUGCUCUUACAAUGGGAGUUGUUGGGACCCGGAAGAGCAUUUCGAUGAUCAACAACCACGAAUACAUGGGGUUCCUCGACUUCUGCAAGUAACUCUACACAGCAUCAGACUGUUGAUACAUCCGGGAGAGUCCAGGCCAAUACCUAAUUGACCUAAUCUCCCCCAAAAGUUUAGAACAAUAAAGUCGUCAAGAGUGCACGCAGAUUGUCUCCUCGCUAACCUGCACGCAUCUUGCCCGACAGAAGAGUCCUAGUAGUAAAUUCAGGUUGGGUUAGCUCCUGGCUAACCCGACAGACCGUAUGCGUCGGUCUAGUGGGACUGUGGGAGUAGUUGGCAAAGGUCUUGUCAUGUCAUGUCACGCGUGUGUUAGCUCCUGGCUAACCUGCGAAUGCGUGUGUCGGUCUUGGUUUUGUCACGUCUGCGUUAGCUCCUGGCUAACCAGUCAGUUAGUAUUUGUCGUCCAUUCUUGUGCUAGCUCCAGGCUAGCCUGCAGAAGUCCGAAUAUUUUGUCGCAUGGAACACUGUAAAUAUCAACCAAUUGGCGUUCUGUCAGUGCAGCUGAAAGCGUUUCCAGCCGUGCUGAACUGUGGUGUAUGUAUAUUUGCAAUUUUGAAUUUGAAUC